AUGCAAAUUAGUCGACAUGAGCCAUGUUACUUUGGUUGCAACAAGCUGGAAGAAGGAAGAUCUGUGUCAGUGCAGAUAAAAGGUUGGCGGUAUUUUGUCAGCGAUUCAUCUGAGUUCGUUUUGCUGGAGCUUCGUGGACCGGCAGAAUGCUGCAGCAAGUUGCCCCAGUCUCGUUACUUGCACCAGCUAGUGCGGGAAGGCAUUUUGCCAGACGGCGAGUGGAAGAACUGCUGGGAAACAGUGGGGCUCGAUGUGAACGACUGCCUCGUCAAAUCAGAGAGGGCAGCACAGUCCGACAACAAGCUUUUGAGAGGUUUGCAAAUGCCAGGGUUGUGUAGAACGGAAUGGCAGAUCAUACCGGAUGCUUUGCUGGUGCUUUUGGUUCAGUGGUCCCUGGCAUCUGGCAAAAGAAAGCAGCAAUCUGCAUCGAAGGUGUUUCUGUGCAGCUUCAUUUCAGCGGUUGCAUCUGGGAGCUGGUUGAAGCAGCUGCUUACUCGCGUGCCCGCUGCGCAAGCAUGGGGCUUGUGCCCACAAGGUUCUGACAGUAAGCAGUGCCCUCACUUGGAGCAGGGUUUCCGCGCGCAUCUGCAAGGAGACGAUAAAAGCUUGCAGACGGGUUUCGUGGACUGUUUGCUCAGUCUUUGGGCAUGGGUGGACGAAUGUCCUAGCUGCAAGGCCAUCUUUCAACAGCUCAUUUCCGAGGUGACAGAGCAUCUGCAGUCUCAUGUGAGCACGGUCGCUCAUCAGGAUGCUCUUGCAGCGAGGCACUUCGAUCCCUGUGCUCAAAAGCGCCAACAUGUCGACGAGGAUGCUGUGCGGCAGAGCAAGCGACAGGCCAUGGAAAGCAAUGUCUCCAGAGCUCGCAUGAAUACAUGCCUGGGCUUGGCAAACCCUGAGGCGGCAUCUGCUUGGACGAAUCGCGAUGCCUGCUUGUACCUGGCUGCAUCGUGGCGUGCUUUCGAGCAAGUGAAACAAGGUGAUGCUGUGGUUGGCAUGUGCUUGGACGCGAAGCGCCUUGGCAAUCCAGCGGAGGACCUGCUGGCUGGUGUGGUGCAGUUUGGCUCGGUCGCAGCAUGGAUUCCUCCACAGGUCUUGCCUGACACAGCAUCAGUGGUGCCGAAGCACAGCGGCAAACAGUCGGACUUGAAUGCCGCUCUUCAAGCUUUCGUGGAGAAGGAAACAGCUCGAGCUUCGCAGGAUGACGAGGCUGAGCAAGCGCUGCAUCCCAAGCGAGCUCCCAACAUGCAUUUUUUGUUGGCCAUGGAUCAUGGCUUGGAGGCCAGCACCGGGCACACUUUGAAAGACUUUUUGCCGCUCAGAAGGCCCGAAAGGCUGAAGGAGCAUGAAGAGAGACAACUCGUGAAGCUGCCAACUCCGGAUGGUGCAACAUCCAAACGUGUUGUGAUUCGCAACAAGACAACUGGCAAGCGAGUUCUGGAAUGCCCCAAAGAUCUCAACAGCGAGGGACUCGCAACAUCCAGACCCAGCCUGGUGUGCACUAUCGAUCAAGGCUCGGUGGGUUGGCCAGCGUUGCAGAUGCUCUUCCAAAGCUGCGGACUCGCGGGUUUCUAUGCCCACGAUCCAUGGCACCGUGUCUGGAAUGAUCUGAAAGCAGGAUGUGUCGAGGCGGGCUUUUGGAGCAUUGUGCGGCAAUGCACUUUGGUGAUGAAUGUUCGCAGCGGCCCGUUCGAAGGAGCUGCAUUUCAUGGCCAGCUGAAAGCAUCUGUAGCGCACAUGCGAAGCCUGGACAUGUCCAACAACAUCUGGUUCCUUUCCUGUUACGAAGGCAUUUGCAAGGAAUGGGGUCUCCAGGCGGACAUCGCGUAUGGUGACUCCGAGCACAUGCAGCAUGUGCUGGAAAUGGUGCUGGCGAGCAAGGCCCUCCAGAGCAAAGGGUCGACUGUCAAAUGGGCACGCUGGGCCUCUUUUUUUGACUGCGGGCAAGAUUUCCGGCAUUCUUGGACAGCACACCUUUGCAUUAUGCUUCACCACGGUUGGUUGGCAGGUUGGUGGGAUUCCUUGUCCAAUGCUCCUUUGGGUGGAUCUUCCCACGACGACUUCGGAGUUCAGGGCGUGGUGGCGCUCAGCAAGGCUGCUGGCUCUUCUUCGGGUUCCAGCAGCAGAAGUGUGAAGCAUUCCAAUGAUCAAAUCCGCCUGCUGCGAGGCCAGUGCCGCAAUGGCUUGGAACUGUCGACCCUGAUCAUGGCGAACGAUGCUACCAGGCGCAUGUUCAACAUGCUGCUCGAGAUUUGUGACCCGAUCCGUGCCCGCAUGGGCAAAGACAUGAAGACCAUGGAAAAAGGGCCGUUUGAGCAGCUGCAGGUGCUGUUGCAAUGGAGCACCGGCGUGAAGUACAACAUGUGUUUCCGCGACGUUUUCCUGAAGUUGUCCGAUGUGGAUGCUUUAGACUGGAUGGGAUUUGAGCAGCGCUGCGUCGAUGAGGAUGAGACUGCAGACGAAUCCGUUGUGCUUGAGCAGGACGAGAUGGCAUCCAGGGCAUUGCUGCUGGCAAGAGAAGUCGUCGCUGCCAGAGCCUACAGCAUGAUGGAGUACACAGAUGCCCUGCCCAUGCUUUUUGUGUCUUUGCUGCAAGAUUCUAGCGAUGCGGUUUCCAUCGCCUUGACAAGCUUGAAGCAAAUCUGGGAAGCGUUGCUUGAUGCAGAAGAUCGUUGCCGACAGGAUACAUUCUUUCGCAGUUUCUUGGAUUCACUUGCUUGGCCCAACCUGGUGACAGUAAGGAGCAUCAUGACAACACUUGUGGAGAAUGAUUGGACGCUUCCUGCGCAGUUGAAGCAGCAGCUGACGAAACUGUUCUCUGCAAUGGCUCACACAAAGCCUGUAGAGGAAGCCUUCAACAGGUUGACAGACAUGGAACGUCACACCAAGUCUGGCAGCACAGGCAAAGUAGCUAUGUGGCAGGACCUUGCAGAGUGCAAGUUGUUGACGAGUCAGGGUUACAGCCAUCCCGAGGUUCCUCCAGGCUUGCAAGCUCCCAAGUCACUCCCGCGGAAGGUUUUCUCCCCUCCGCAGAUGGAAGCAUUCAGCUUGGGCAAAGAUGCUCUGUUGGAGCUGCAAUCUGAGGAUACAUGGGUCAGCUUGUCGCCGCAAGGCCAUUCUUUGAUCGGAUUGGCUUCGAAAGCGCUUGUCAUGUGUGUUGGCCAGCCGCAGAAGCUGAAAACUUGUUUUCUUUCUCUGCUUGCGCAGCCUGGCACGGUGAUCUGGCAUGCUGAUCAACCAGACCGAGCAAUGUGGGUGCUCAAGGCCACAGCUUGGGGCGUCCUCGGCUGGCCGGUUGAGACUUGCAAGUUGAGAGGGCCUUUACGCAAGAUGAUGCAUUUCCUCACCCUCAGCAUCGAAGACACGGCUGCUGUGCGGACACUUGUUAUCAACAGUCUCACCAACUGGCGUGUUGGCCUUGUCUCAGUUCGCAGCCCCUUGAACCUCUCGCAGAGGAAAGUGAACGACCCGAAGCUCAAAGGCAUCGUGUUAGAGUUCGAAGAGAACAUACCCACUCUGCUGGAACAUGCCGCCUCUCGUGGUUUCAGGGGCAUCACCCUGGUGUACCUGCAGAAGCUCUUCACCUCGCUCAAAGUCGCUUACACUGGAGCCAGGCCCACCACAGUCAAAGCCGUGUCACUCGCACUGAUGAAGCACAUUUUCCCAAAUGGAUCUGACGAUGAUUUUGCAAAGAUGUUGGCAAGAAGAGAUGCCAGUGAAAUGACGGAGCUUCCAUGCUUGAUACGUGACGAACACAACCUCAACCUCGCAGAAGAUUUCCUCGAACCGGAAGAGGUCCAACAGUGUCGAAAGCAGCUACAGAAGCGUGCCGUCCAGAAGCCUGCGCGUGCGGAAGAUGGCGGUGCAGAGUCACAUGCUUCCAACUCCGCCGUUAGCAACCCUUCCGAGGCAGCUGCAGCUGCAGCCUCCACCAGCUCGGGCUCAGUGAAAGUACCUUUGAAGAUCAACUGGGCCAAGAUCCAGUUGGCAGAAGUGCGUAUACAUGUGCCGCAAGCUCCGGGGGUGAAAAUCAACCAAGAGCUGAAAUUGGCAAACCGAUGGAGAGCGCAUUAUCCUAGGGAACAGUACCCCAGGUAUUUCAGCCUUGUCUAUAGCGAUGCUGCUUCGGAGAAGCAGUCGGUCCGAGCAUGCCUGCAGUUCUUGUGGCAAGUCCACGAAGAAGAAACUGGGCAGAAAUGCCCUUUCGAUCUCGAAGCGGUAGUUUGA